CUCCAAAAUCUACUUUUCUUUUUUCUAGGUCAGCUUUGCUUUCUUUCAUGCACUCACAUGAGGCAGAAGCCUAACCCUCACUUAACACCGUUCAACGAUCUCCGGCAAACUAUGCCGGAUUCCGGCGAUGUUAGCCAAUUCUCCGUCACCGAAACCAAGAAUGUUCGCCGGAAACGAUUGAAAAUUAGGCAACUGAAGUUCACGUGUCAGACGAAGGUCCACGUCGCGGUCACAGGAGGUAAAUUAGAGAACUCCUCCGAUAGCGACGACGACGACGGCCGCAAAGAGAUCAAGAAAGAAUCGUCGGAUAAAAUCCAAAAAGACGACCAUCCGGUGAAGAUAUCCGUAUCGCUAUCUUCAUCGUCGCAAAACGAUACUGUAUUAUCGAGUACGGAGUGUUUGAGAAGGUUUGACCGCGGAAGUUUCGGAGUCUUAUCGGUGAUAGGGAGGAGGAGGGAAAUGGAAGAUGCGGUGAAAGCGGAGCUGGGUUUCGCGGUGAAAGGAGGUGAAGAGUUCGAUUUCUUCGCCGUGUACGACGGACACGGCGGAUCGCACGUGGCAACGGCCUGCAGUGAGAGGCUGCACGAAGUGAUUGCGGAGGAAAUAUUGUUGGAGAAGGGUGGAGUAGGAAUAAACGACGUUAAGGUCGAUUGGGAAAAAGUGAUGGAGGGGUGUUUUAGUAAAAUGGAUGAGGAGUUGAGCGAUGUUGCUGCGGCGAGGACCGUUGGUUCGACGGCGGUUGUGGCGUUGGUGGCGGAGGGGGAGGUUGUGGUGGCCAAUUGUGGGGAUUGUAGGGCGGUGAUGUCAAGAGCCGGUGUUCCGUUGCCUUUGUCCACUGAUCACAAGCCUUACAGGCCUGAUGAGUUGAUGAGAAUUGAAGCAGCUGGUGGAAGGGUGAUAAACUGGAACGGAUAUCGUGUUUUAGGGGUUCUCGCUACUUCCAGAUCUAUAGGUGACCAAUACCUGAGGCCAUUUGUAAUAUCGAAACCGGAAGUGACAGUGACGAAGCGGAGCAAUGAGGAUGAAUUCCUGAUACUAGCAAGUGAUGGUUUGUGGGAUGUGAUAUCAAACGAAGUUGCGUGUCAGGUAGUGAAGAGAUGUCUUGAGGGUAAAAUGAGGAGAAUAAACUCCAAAGAGGUUGUCAAUGAAAGCAGCAACCGCACAUCUGAGGCAGCAGCAGUGCUGGCGGAGUUAGCAAUGGCUCGAGGCAGCAAAGACAACAUUAGUGUCAUAGUCGUUGAGCUCAAGAAAAACCUGCCUAGCUAGCUACAAAGCGCAGGCUAAAUUUUUUCUUUCCCGACUUCAUAUAACAUUAUAUAGAGGCCAUAAAUAUAUAUAUAUAUAUAUAUAUAUAUCCUUAAGUGUACCUAUCUUGUGAAUUGUACAUUGUUUCAACACCAUUUAUUUCGUAAUUGAGGUUGAUUAUUUCCCAAAGAAUUGAUUAUAUGGAUUAUUAGAGUUAUCGCUAAUUACAUGUCGGAAGACAGCGAUUAGUGUAAGUGUGUUGUAGUUUGAGCUGGACCUAUGAAUGUUAACCCGCUUACAGUGA